UAUCAUAUGCUCAUUCCAUUUGCAUUCCCUCCAAAAAAGAACAAACUUUAUAUCUUUUGUUUAUAUUUCACUAACAACAUAACCAAAAAUUUCCCAUUGUUCUUGAAUUCUCCUCUCCGAUAAGGCGAUAACCAUAUAUAAAACCCCGGUUUUCGAUAUGAAUACCCAAGAAGAAGUAGGAGAAUUUACUCAAAUCUUCAACGCUUUGAUGAGUCUAAUGAGGAAAUUCAUAUUCAAAGUUCUAUGUGCGGGUCCAAUCCCUAAUCACGUCUCAUUCAUCAUGGAUGGAAACCGCAGGUUCGCCAAGAAACACAAUCUUACAGGCCUAGACGCAGGACACAGAGCCGGUUUCAUAUCCGUGACAUAUGUUCUUCAAUACUGCAAAGAGAUUGGUAUACCGUACGUGACACUCUACGCGUUUGGCGUCGAUAAUUUCAAGAGACAACCUGAAGAAGUUGAGUGUGUGAUGGAUCUGAUGCUGGAGAAAGUCGAGUACACGAUCAAUCAAGCUGUCUCGGGGAAUCUUAAUGGCGUGAGAGUGUUCUUUGUCGGUGAUUUGACUUCGUUAAACGAGCGUCUUAGAGUGGCGGCGCAGAGACUGAUGGAAGUUACGGAAGAGAAUAAGGAUCUGAUGGUUGUGGUUUGUGUUGCUUACAGCACAAGUCACGAGAUUGUUCACGCUGUUCGAGAAUCUUGCGUUAGAAAGUGUGAUGGUACUGGAGAUGAUCCGGUAGUUUUGCAGGUUAGUGAUGUUGAAGAGUGUAUGUAUACAUCGGUUGUGCCGGAUCCAGAUCUUGUGAUACGAACCGGUGGAGGAGAUCGACUGAGUAACUUCAUGACGUGGCAGACUUCGAGAUCGCUUCUUCACUCCACCGCUACUCUUUGGCCGGAGUUAGGACUCUGGCAUUUGGUUUGGGCCAUUCUUAAAUUCCAGAGAAUGCAAGAUUACUUGGAAAAGAAGAAAAAGCUCGACUAAAUAGUUUAUGAGUUAAACCCUAGAAUGAACUUUUAACCCUUUCGUUUGAUUUACGUUUUUCUCGCAGACAAUAAACUAUGAAUUGAAACAAGAAAGCAACAGAAAUAUUCUUUUCAUUAUAUAUGUACUGGAUCCGAAUAACAAACACAAAGACACCACACACAAAUAGAGGUUUAAUUUAAACACAGUUUUGUAAA